AUGGGGUCGCCGGAGCUGCGGUCGACGCUGGACUACCACCAGCGAGGCGGCGGGCUGGGCGACCCGCUGCUGCAGGCGUUCGACUGGGGCGCCGUCGCCGCCGGAGCCGGAGAAGAGAGGGAUCGGGCGCCGGCGCUGCGGCGGGCGGCGGGGGCGGUGCUGGCGGGGGCGCGCGAGAUGUGGGCGUUCGCGCGCAAGGACCCGCGGAAGCCGGUGUACUCGGCCAAGGUGGCCACGGCGCUGGCGCUCAUCACGCUGCUAGUCUUCCUCCGCGAGCCCAGCGACAUCGUCAGCCACUCCGUCUGGGCCAUCCUCACCGUCGUCGUCGUCUUCGAGUACACCAUCGGUGCAACGUUGAGCAAAGGCCUUAACAGGGGACUGGGGACUCUGACGGCAGGAGGGCUUGCUCUCGCAGUCGCUGAAUCCGCCAGGCGCAUCGACAACCUGGACAUCGUGUUCCUCAUCUUCAUCACUUUCGUCGUCGCAUUUGGCGCGACCUUGGUGAAGCUGCACCCGAAGAUGAAGCCCUACGAGUACGGGCUCCGCGUGUUCCUGCUGACCUUCUGCUACGUGACGGUGUCCGGGUACAGCACCGGGGAGUUCAUCGGCACGGCCGUGAGCCGGUUCCUGCUCAUCGCCAUCGGUGCCGCAGUCAGCCUGGCGAUCAACAUCGGCAUACACCCGAUCUGGGCUGGGGAGGAUCUGCACCACCUCGUGGCCAAGAACUUCGCCGGCGUCGCAAAAUCCUUGGAAGGAUGUGUUGAUGGAUACCUGACAUGCAUGGAGUACGAAAGGGUCCCUUCGAAGAUACUCACGUACCAGGCUUCCGACGACCCUCUUUACAGCGGGUACAGGGAAGCCGUGGAGGCACAGGCUCAAGAGGAAACCCUGCUAGGAUUUGCUAUCUGGGAGCCACCGCACGGGCCAUACAAGAAGAUGAAGUACCCAUGGGUGAGCUACACGAAAGUCGGCGGCGCGCUGCGGCACUGCUCGUUCGCGGUGAUGGCGCUGCACGGGUGCAUCCUUUCGGAGAUCCAGGCGCCGCCGGAGAGCCGCAGGGUGUUCAGCACGGAGCUCCACACGGUGGGGAAGGAGGGCGCCAAGGUGCUGCGUGAGCUCGGGCAGCGGGUCAAGACCAUGACGCGGCUGGCCUCCCCCAACGUCCUGGCCGAGGUCCACCACGCCGCCGAGCAGCUCCAGCGGAAGAUCGACCAGCGCUCCUACAUCCUCGUCAGCACGGACCGCUGGGGCGAGGCCACCCCCCGGCAGCGCGGCCAUGGCCAUGCCGGCGCCGAAGGGGACAAAGACAAAGACAACGACGCGCCGCCGGGGCCGGAGCAUGCCGUGGUCGUGAACAUCGGCGCGGAGUACAGCGUCGUGGCGUCGAGCUCGUCGUCCCUGGCGCGGUUCGACUCUUCGGCUUCGGCGUCGGCGGAUGGCGGCAGCGGCUGCUUAGCGUUCAGGGCGCAGGCGUCGUGGCCGGCGCGGCUGCCGCCGUUCCAGCAGGGCGGGCUGCCGUUCGACGCCGUGGAGGCGCGCACGUACGAGAGCGCCAGCGCGCUGUCGCUGGCCACGUUCGCGUCGCUGCUCAUCGAGUUCGUCGCGCGGCUCCGGAACCUCGUGGACGCCUUCGAGGAGCUCAGCGACAACGCGGGAUUCAAGGACCCCGUCGAGGAACCCUCCUCCUCUACGGCGGCCACCGGCAGCGGUACUGCUGCUGGUCUUUUGUUAGGCAGAAUACCCGAGUUCUUUAGAUGCAAGAGAUGA